GUGUGUUUGGUGCUGCUAAAGUGUCUGUGUCGGUAUCAGUGGCGAAGGGAGAUUCUGUCACUUUACACACUAAUGUUUCUGAACUACAGAAUGAUGAUAUAGUAGAGUGGAUGCGUGAAGAUAAUGUCAUCAUAGCUGAAGUUAAAAACAAGAAACAUCAAAUUAAAACCAACAACCCAAGAAAUAAUUCUAAUGAGAGUUUCGACAGCAGACUGGUGCUGGACCAUAAAACUGGUUCUCUCACUAUCGUAAACAUCACAUCUCAAGAUGAAGGAAUUUAUAUAGUAGACAUCUCAUUCGCGGGUGGACAUCUAAUAUCCAAGAAUUUCCGUGUUACUGUUCAUGAUGAUGUGCACUCAGUGUCAGUGAUGGAGGAUGAUUCUGUCACUUUACACACUGGUGUUACUAAAAUACUGCGAGAUGAUGUGAUACAGUGGUUUGGAGAUCGAGGCGCCAUCAUCGCUCGCUUAACCUAUGGUAGUUAUGAGUUAAGUGUUCAGAAUAAAAGUAAACAAAAGAACUUUGGAACCAGCUACGGUCUCGAGCAAGUUAAUGGAUUAAACAGCGCUGGCGACUCGGGAUGGAGUAACGCUCAUCUGAGUAAUAAGACCGGAGAUCUCACCAUCAAAACCAUCCAAAUGAAACAAUCUGGAGUUUAUAAAGUGGAGAUCAACACCAACACUAUGGUAUUACACAGGAAAUUCAAAAUUACUGUUGGUGCCUCAAAGAUUAUGUCAGUGAAGGAGGGAGAAUCUGUCACUCUACACACUGGUCUUAUUGACAUACUAAGAUAUGAUCUGAUAUCAUGGAAGUUUGAAGACGAUCUUGUUGCUGAAAUCAAUAAAGGGACUAAUCGGUUCCUAGUAUGUGAAAAUGCUGACGUGAGAUUCAAAGGCAGACUGCAGCUUAAUGAAAAAACGGGAUCUCUCACCAUCAGCGGCUCUGAAACCACAGACUCUGGAGAUUAUCAUUUAAAUAUGAGCAACCAAAUCUGCACCUUGCACAGGACCAUCAUUGUUACUGUCAAAGCCACUGUAACACCAAAGGGCUUCACUGAAGAACCAGGUCUUCACCCAGUUUAUACAGCACUGAUAUGUGUUUGUAUAGUCUUAGUUGCAGUUACAGUUGCUUUUGUGAUUUACUGUCACCGCAAGAGAGUGGCUUAA